AUGGUUAUGUCCCAGGGCACCUACACGUUCCUCACGUGCUUCGCCGGUUUCUGGCUUAUCUGGGGGCUCAUCGUCCUCCUGUGCUGCUUCUGCAGCUUCCUGCGCCGCCGCCUCAAACGGCGCCAGGAGGAGCGACUGCGUGAGCAGAACCUGCGCGUCCUCGAGUUGGAGCCGCUCGAGCUCGAGGGCAGCCUGGCCGGGAGCCCCCCGGGCCUCGCGCCCCCGCCGCCACCGCACCGCGGCCGCCUGGAGGCACCGGCGCACGCGCACCCGCACGUGCACGUGCACCCGCUGCUGCACCACGGGCCCGCGCCGGCGCACGUGCACCCGCACGCACACCACCACGCACUGCCGCACCCGCCGCCGCCGCACCUCUCCGUGCCGCCGCGGCCCUGGAGCUACCCGCGCCAAGCGGAAUCGGACAUGUCCAAGCCUCCGUGCUACGAAGAGGCGGUGCUGAUGGCCGAGCCGCCGCCGCCCUACAGUGAGGUGCUCACCGACACCCGCGGCCUCUACCGCAAGAUCGUCACGCCCUUUCUGAGCCGCCGCGACAGCGCCGAGAAGCAGGAGCAGCCGCCGCCCAGCUACAAGCCGCUGUUCCUGGACCGAGGCUACACGUCGGCGCUGCACCUGCCCAGCGCCCCGCGGCCCGCCGCGCCCUGCCCCGCGCUCUGCCUGCAGGCGGACCGAGGCCGCCGCGUCUUCCCCAGCUGGACCGACUCGGAGCUCAGCAGUCGCGAGCCGCUGGAGCCCGGAGCUUGGCGCCUGCCGGUCUCAAUCCCCUUGUUCGGGAGGACUACAGCCGUAUAG